AUUGAGCUCCAGCAGAUGCCGGGGGGAGAGGGAGCCGAUACAAUCAACCCCCGACAAUGCGAUGGGUAACUGCUGGGCUUACUGCGUCGGCCUCUUUCGGAGGGAAGCCAGCAGGAUCCAGCGAGGAGGCGGGUCAAAGUACUUCAGGAGCAGCACCACAGGGGAACAUUACACAAUAGAGUUUGACAAUCUGGUAGAAAGCGAUGAGGCUGAGAGUCCACAGCCAUGCCCAAGGCCUAUAAGUGAGGAUGAGCUGAAGAACCUCAAAGAACAUCGUUAUGCUGCUAUCUCAGACAAGCAAGUCCUGAUAGACCGAAAGCUACAAGCUGACUUAGAGGCACAAGAGGAGAAGUUGAGGCUAGAAGAGGAGGCUAGAAACGCUGCCCAGCGUGAGGCCGCCAGGCUGGCACGUGAGCGAAAACUGAAGGAGUUGCCUGCACAGAGGACGCGCGGGAAAGCAGACGGAGCCAGCAGUGAAGCCCAGCAAAAAAAACAAACCUCCGGAGAGGAUUUCGAUGUCUACCUCCAGAAUGUUAAAGCCCAGUCUGAGGCUUUUAGAAGCAACAGACUUCCGUCAGACACAAACACAGUAACUCCCAACACGGAGUACAGCUGGGAUUUCACUACAAAGACCCGCUCCACCAACGAUGACGGGACCUCUCUGGAUCUGGAGUGGGAGGACGAGGAAGGAAUCAAUCGCGCUCUUCCGGCGUGGGAGCGAUCUCGAACAGAGGAGGACAUCCUGCGCGCAGCUCUGAGACCCGGCGGCAGACCGCCGCACAGCGGGCCGACCUCGGCCUCCGAGGACUCCAACGCUCUGGAGUGGGAGAACGAUUUCGUGAGCUCCCGCCCAGAGGACAAUCCAGACGUGGAAUUUGAAGGCUUUGUCAAUCCCGUCCUCGACACUCCCUCUGAGGACGUGUCGGACGGCGGCCUCAGGUCAGACGUUCAGGACAGAUAGUGUCCAGCACCAAAGGAGACAUUUGCCGCGCCACAUUACAGGUCACCAGCUUUUUUUGCCUCAUUGAGCAGACGCGCGUUACCAGGUCCUCAUGUUCUGUGAUGAAACUGUGAUGCUGCAGGAGUUUGGCGUUGAUCUCUGCACCGCGAUCCAGUGCAGCGAUGAUUUUAUAAAAACUUGUUUUCAGUGCCUUCGUUUGCUGACCAUUCAAUGACCAAUGAGAAUCUCUAAUGUUGACCUUAAACAUCAGCCAGAAAGUGCUUCUUUUUUUUUUUUUUUUUACUUCAGUAGUGAAGCGAGCCGACAAAAUAGAAUCAUUUGUUUCCCAACACAAAGGGACCAAAUCUAAUUAAAAAUCCAAUGUUAUAAAAUUACUGACACAAACAAAGAAGUUAUAUGAAUGCUGAAUUAUUUAAAAAAGUGACUGAAAAUCAGUUGAAUCGUUGAGUGCACAUGGAUGUUUUAGUGGUAUAAAUGAGUGGAAAUUGAUCUGGGAAUGUGAUGAUUUUUUUAAAGAAUUUAAUUAAUUAAAAAAUAUGAUUUACCUUAAUUUUUAUUUUAAAAGAAACUGUAAAACUUGAUUUUUUAAAAAUUGCUAAAUAUUGAAAAAGUUGCUACGUUUAAUGUAAAUCUAUCGAGACGAGAACAUUUAUUGAUUCAUUUUUUUGCAUUAAAGUUUAGUGACUUUUUUUGCAAAUCUGCAGCUUUUUACAAAAUUCAUUUAAAUCCACUUUAGACUUGCAAAUGUUUAUAAGGAUUUGAUUAAGUUGAAGACCCACUCCGAUCAUCUUUAGAACUAUUUUAAAUGGUGGUCUUUUAAUUAGGAUUUUUCUGUUUUUAGCAAAAGAAAUAAAAAUUUAGUUUUCUGGGACUUAGUUUCUGCAGAGCAGCAGUAGUUAAUCAGAAAUUCACCCCUAAAUUGUGGGCUGGACCGUUGGCGUGAAGCGUCCCCGCCCCCCUUCCCCUCCCUGUUGCUGAGAGCUCGUAGCAGGGAGCUUGUGGCCCACCCAUCGUAUUUUCUAGUCAUAAACAUGAUCUUUUUAAACUGCAUUUCUGUCAUCUGCUACUAAAUCUCACAAAUUUGAAUGAAAAAAUACCCAGAAAUGCAAUUUUAGGCUUAAUUUUCCUCAUAUAUGUCCUUCAUAUUCAGAAAAAUACCACAAGUAAAGGUUAAAAAGAGCUAAUUUUGAUCGGAGUGGGUCGCUUUAACCAUCACCACAUGAAAACCUCUCUUUGUCAACUCACCGUUUUUAUAGGAUUUCAUUUGUUUCGAUGUAGCAAACACGUUUCUAUUGAGCAUUCCAGCUUCAGCAGCAGCAGAAGUGCAGGUUGUUAGGAGAGGAUUUUGUCUCACUGGUCAGUUCUGGGGCGAUAACUGAACUGUGGGAUUUAAGCGUUUCCACUGAGCCUGAAUUUGACAAAAAAGCUGUUUUCACUGCAACGACAACCACUCGUUUUUUUGGAUUGAUGUAAAGAAUAAUAAAUACUGUAAUGGAAUGAUGGGAUAAUUUAACCUGAAAGUUGGGCUCUUUGCUAAAUUGAGUCAGCCUGUAAAGAAGCAUUAAAACAGAGUUUAGUAGUGAACCAUGUUGUCACUUGUAUGCAGAAAAUUAAGGAGAAAGUCAACUUUUCAACUAUGUGAACAUUUUGUAGGAAAUAAAUGGGUUCCAUAGACAUCUGGUUCAUUGAUUUCUUUGUUACCUUUGCAAAAAAAGAUCAUUUUUGUAUUAAUUUACACACUGAACUAAAACCAUUUGACUGAGCUGCUGUGAAGAGAAGCAAUAUGAGGUGGACUGUGUUAAAAACAUGCUAACUGCGAUCUCCACAUCAAGCUUCAGCUCUGCUGCUUUUUAUUUACCUACUUCAGUUGUUGCUUAUUGGAAUGAGGUCUUUACUUAUGUGUGUUUUAGAGUCAUUUCCUUAUUUUGUUCCUGUUGUUUUUGUGACAUUUUCCUGGGAUUUUAUGUUUUUUUUUUCUUUUGACUUUUCACUGUAAAUUCUGUAAAACAGAAUGUAAAUUGAAGUUGUCAUGCCGAGCUUGAAAUGAAAAAUAAAAUGUUCACACAGAUUUACUUCUAUGCCCUAGAAAAAA